AUGCCCGUCAUGAGUGUACCAGCCCAGCAAAAACCCAACGCCAAACGAACGGGCAAACGCAUCACAUUUUUCAACGAACAAAGUGUAGCAAUGAAGGAAAGUUCCCAGCACCCUGAGGGUUCCUAUUACGUCCCAGGUGGCACCGCUCCAGAUCCCGGACAGAGUGAGGCAGCAAGUACUGUCACUUCUAAUCCAGAGGGCCCUCACAUGUACCUCAACUCUGUCAUCUUUAGCCCAGAUAAGGGCGACCAGAACAGAGGUCAUUAUCAGCAGACUGUGCCUAUGAAGUGGGCUCACCAGGAGCCCAGUCAGCAGCCCUCUCUGUCCCAGCAGCAGAGAGCUGCCUCCUGGAACACUAUGACAAACUGGGGACAGAACAUUGCUAAUUUUAUUGGAGGGGUCAAUGUAACGGACUCAAGGACCCAGAAUGCAUUUGUGAAGUCAAUGCAUGACACGGCUGGCUUACAGCCCCCUACUAGGGCUGCGGACAAGCAGGCCCAGGGGCCAAACCCUGCAGCUGAAGCAUACAGAGAUGCUGUUAAAGCUCGAGAAUGGGAGCAGCAGCAGCAGCAACAACAACAGCAGCAGCAAACUCAAGCCUUUCAAGAGACCUUAAAACCCGGGGCGCUGAACCCCCAGCAGCACAGCACAGUCCACCCUGGAGGAAGCUCAGUGCUGCAGCCCUUCCAGUUGGCUUUUGGUCAGCCCAGGCAACAUCUGCCAGCUUACUACCAGACAUUUCAAGGCAACAGGACAACCCUGCCUAACCCGCCCAUUUACUCAACACAAGGAAAGGCCACUCACCAGAUGCAACAGCUGCAGAAGCAAGAGCAAAUACAACGCCAGCAACAACAGCAACAUCACAUAAUCCAGCAGCAAAUUCAACAGCAGCACCAUCAACAACUGCAGCAGCAACAAAUCCUUCAGCACCAACAGCAUGUCCAGCAACAGCUACAGCAGCAGCAACAACAAAUACAGCAUGAGCAGCAACAACAAAAGAUACAGCAGCAGCAACAACAACAACAGCAACAGCUCCAGAUUCAGCAGCAAAUGCAACAUCAGCAGUUGCAACAACAAAACCCUCAUGUGGUUGACUUUUACCCCGGUGCACAAAAUGCACAACCUCACCCACACCCACAGCCUGUGGUGGUUCACUCCCAGGAGUCCUCUGCAUCAGGGCCUCCAAAGAUCCAGGAACCAAUCAUCCAGGAUAUCACCCCAGAACCCCAGGUACCCUCAGAUCCACUUCAACCCCCACUUCAGAGUGAUCCCCUGUCCCAGUCACAAGCCCAGACUCAGCUCCAAUCCCAAACACAGCUACGCAGAUCACGGCGGCUUUCAAAGGAAGGAGGGGCCCCAUCUGAAAACCCCUUUUUAUCUGUUUCUACGGAUCAGGCCGCACCGGGGCCCCAGGGUUCUCAAAACGGGGCCCGUGACAUCCAGGCUGCUCCGACGGGUGUGAUCCAGAGCACACGUAGGAAACGCAGGGUCUCCCAGGAGGUCAACUUGGAGACGCUUGCCCAGAAAGCAUCGGAAAUGGAGUCCCUGCCCUCACAUGUAGUAAAGGUAAAUAUUCAUGUUCAUGUUGAGAUUCUUAAAGUAUUCAGCUGUCUUCUUUCUUUGUCUGGCUUCUCUUCUCUGUCUGGUUUCUCUGUUGUACUCUCUUGCUCUCUUGUUGUUCUGCUCUCUCAUCUGUUUCUCAGCUGUUUCAUCUUGUGCCGAAGAACCACAAUAAUAAUCCUAAACAGAAGAGACUCAGUGUUCCGUCUCCAUGAUUGCCUUGCAGUUUAUUUCUGAACUGGUCCCCCCAAAGCUGGAAACCUCGAUUGCAAAUAUCUCAGCAAGAGCUAAAAAUCUAUUUUUCUGGUGUUAUCCCAGGGCAUAAUUGCAGUGGGACAUUAGCUCCCUUAACAAGAGCGAGAACUGGAACAAACUGCUUAAGGCAACUGCCAGGAAAACUGCGCCAAAACUUGUGUUGUUUGUGAUUAACAUGUUGCUGGAAGAGACGCUGAAUGUAAUCAACACCCGGCAAAGUAUACGCCUCAGAAAUGAGCUGCAGCUCAGCUCAGCCUUAUAGAGGAAAAAAACAACUAAACUUUUCCCAGGUGUAAAGCAAACUCAACACAGACUUGUAUGUGAGUCUUCUGGAUGAUGUAUUGAACAAACCCUGAUAAGUCUCCAGGACUGACAUGUAAAGUCAUACACUUAUCUGUGUUUCUGUGCUGAAUGUCUUGAUUGUGCAACAAGUUGUGUUGCCAAACAGCAGUGAGUCAGUAUGUCUGUAGCUCAGCAUGCUGUGCCCUGGAUUUGCCUCGCAGGGUAGCUGUUCAUACUGACACUGUGUUUGGUUACAUGCCUGCACACCUCCCCCCUAUCCCAUCAAAGGAGAGAAACUCCAGCCUGGCCUCGUCUGCCCCAUCCCUCCCCCCCUUCCCUCUAUACUGGGAGGGGUGCAGUGUUGCCCUGCUUGCCUGCAGUGCUCAGCAGAAUAUCUCCACCGCUCUGGUGUAGGAGCUAGAGUUUUCCACCAGCAAUAAUGAGCACAGAUCCAGUGAAGCCACGCUGCCACAUGCCUCUCUGCCUAUGCAGAUGCAGCAUGCAGCAAUGGAAGGAAUCUGUCCCCCAGUAGCCUGUGAUGUGGUGUUUUAGAUUGCUUUGAAGUUGCUUCGGUUUGAUCGUUGCACACAUUUGCUUUGAGCUCACUGGCUGCUCGUGCCCACUCAUGAUGGUAACUCAAAGAAAAAUGUGAAGAAUGCUCUACGGGGUAGUUUCUGUCACUGUGAUGCAGCACAUAGUACAGCAAAAUGCAGGAGUGCAAAGAACUUACACAGGAUACAGAAACAGCCGAGGCAUAUUUCUAACUCAAAAUCUGUAUUAGUUGUAAUGCCUAAUGCUCAUAGAUUGAAACAUACUACUAACUGUAACUUUGAGUUCUGAUAAAAACAGGAUGAAUUGUCUUUUGAUCUGAGAUAAAUCUUACAGUAGGCCAAUAAAGGGGAACCCAGCAAAUUUUCAUUUCAGACCUUUGGUGCAGGGUGUCUUGAAUGGUUUCAUCUAGAUCUAACUUAUUCUGUGCAGAAGACCAAAAACUCAAAGGUUUGGGUUUAGCCAUAAAAAAUGUCAAAUAUUUAAUAAUACUAUUAUGAUUAUUAAAUUAAAUAAUAUUUAAUAAUUUACUCCUGAGAAGCUCAAACUUUUUAGGGAAUUUGUAACUUUGUAAAUUCUCUCCCGCGUCUUUUUCAGGAUCCUCACAGGCCGUGGAGCCCAUCUGACUCCGAAACCCUGAAUGCCAAGCGACCCCGAGACGAAAGCCUCCUCCCGCUCGUCAUCCCCGUGUCCGUUCCAGUGCGAAGGCAGGAGCCCUCCUCUCCUGACAGCGAUGAGGGAACUCUUGCCUCUCACUGGCCUCCCAGACCAACAAAUCCCCAGGACCUUGGCCGAGCAGACCACAAGCCCUCGGUCAUCGUCAACCGGAGACGCUCGCUCAGGAAUUCCUUAUCGGAGAACCCAGAGCAGGUGGGUCCAAGUGGUGUUUAUGUUUUAAUUUUUGCUGUACUUAGAUGCAAAUUUUUAGGUUGGUACCUUUCUGCACUUGUGCAUUUGUUCAUCAAAAGUUAAAAUAGAUUUCUGAGGAACAGUGUGAUGAUGAGGCAGUCUUAAACUGUCUUCCUCAGUCUGUAUAAACUCCAACUUUUAAAUCCCCACAUUUGGGCCAUAUUGCUCGUCCGUCGCACGCUCCCUUCCCCCCACCAAGCUCUGUGUCUCCCCUGCCCCCAUUUCAGUCAUCCACACUUUUCUUCCUUUCCCUGUUAUAUUGGGGGGGAUUUGGUGAACCAGUUGCCCUGCCCCAGAUCAGGCAGAUUAUCAGGGUUUAGCAGCCAUACUGUACAAUAUGUACUGCACAACAGAGGGUUGGGGUACCGCUGUCUUUCUGCAGGAUUUCUCCAGAUGAAUGUUAAACUGUGGUUGAGUUUUUGUAGACUUGACAGGAUGUUUCACAGAGUGAACAGUGUCUGAUUUGAUCAUCCAUCUGUUUCAAACUUUUUCUUAAUCAGAAUGGAGCUGAUGGGGAGAGGGACGAUGAUGGCAAAAAGUCCAAACGGCGCCCCCGGCCCGAGCCUCUCUUCAUCCCGCCACCUAAACCUGGUUUAUUCAUCGCCCCUCCGGUCUACUCCAGCAUCACACCCUACCAGAGCCACCUGCGCUCCCCUGUUCGCCUUGCCGACAACCCCCUUACCAUUCCUCCUUACACACCACCGCCAAUCCUCAGCCCCGUCCGCGAGGGCUCGGGACUCUACUUCUCCACUUUCCUGUCCUCAGCUGCGGCUGCUGCAGCCAGCGGGCAAGGCCUGCCGCCGCCUGCGACCCCCAAGUCUGCAACACGCAGCCUGUUGCGUUCCAGUAAGUGAAGAAAUUAAGAUGCUAGUCUUCUCCGAAUUACUCACAGGACAUCAGACUGUGGGAUUAAGAUUGUUAGUUGAUAGUUUGCAUGUAUGAUGAAUCGAUUGUUGCUUCUCGAAUCCUCAAAUUAAGCUUGACUGAAUCGUUUGUGCGUUGCAUGGUUUUGUUUCGAACCUCACAAGUUAGUCUCUGUAAUAUCAAAGUCUGAGUCCUCUGAUCACGACAGGAACCUUUUUGAUAAUGUUACUGAGGAUUGUGUGUCCCUGCUUCAUUUCAGACAGCUGCGACAUCACGCCACCAGUUCUGUCUGCUAUGAGCGAGGCCACUCCAGUCAGCAUAGAGCCGUGAGUAUUUUCUUCCCAGAACCCACCAAACCGUCCUCUUUCAUUAUGGAAAGGGAGGUUUUCAGGGGGCUUGGUGUUUGUUAUUCUCAAAAAAAAAAAAAGGAAAAAAAAUUACAUGGGAGCUCAGAAGCAUGCAGGAUCAACCGGAGCUCUGCAAUCAAUUAUUUAAACCAUAACACUGGGCUGAAUCUUGAAACACAAACUUCUUGUAACUCAAACCCAUCCUUUAAAGCAGCGCUCUUCUCCACCGCUCUCACCACUGGAAUCUUUUGCCCUGUCAUCCUCUGCUAGCACCAGCGCCAGCACUCAUCUUCUUAUUUAACUAAGCAGUCAAACGUCUCUUUCAAUUUAACUGUAUCCUGUCAGAAUUGCUCCAUAUCAACCGUCCCUGUAAAAGCUUCGGGGCCACUCAGAAUCUAAUAGCAGGAAGUCAUCAGAAGCCUGCAUCUGUCCCUUUUAAAAAAGUAUCCAGAAACUGAUUGAAGUGGCCAGAUAUCCAGGGUUAGAGAUAAUACCACAUGAGGCUUAUGUUGAUACUUAAGAUUUAAUCUGUAAGGUUUAAAUCCUCAUUGGUUUAGGGACACUUACAGUCACUGUGGCAACAGUAAGUGCUGUUUAAUAUUACAGCCAGGACUCAUUGAGCGGCCACUCUGUCAGGAAGACAACAGAAGAGCAACUGGUGUAUCUGUGUACACUGCAGCUCAACAGACUUCUAUUGUUCUAGGAAAGAAAAUGCUCAUUGAUAAAGUCAACUGCGGUCUGGUACCAGUUAGCCUGUGGAGGAUCUUGAGUUUUAAAUGUCAAACUGCUGCUCCUUCAGUCCAUAUUUCAGAAUAAAAGCCCUGAAUAUGAUAAGUUUGAACAACUGCAUAGGAAAAAGCAGUAGAAUGAUUCACCUUGGUAGGAUCAGAAACCAUGAAUGGGUCAAAUAUUAGACAAAUUAUUGUGAUCAAGAAACUUGUAUUAAAUCUCAGAGGUGUAUGUUUUCUUUUCUGACACCUAAAGCCAGCAGCUCUGGGUAUCACAUACAGGAUGCGUAUUUGGAGCGUAGCAGCAGCGUAGUGCAGCCCCGGUCAGCUGGGCUCAGGAUAGAGGAAACGAUAUGCUCACAACAGGUCGUUUUGCCUUUCUGUGGUCAAUUUCCUGUUAAUUUGGAUAUAAUUCAGUGACCGUUGAGCCUCUACUAAAUGUGGAAAAGCAACAUGUUUUUACAGUUUGGGGUUUGCAGGUUUACUCGUGUUUAAUAAAGUAAACUAUGUUCCUUUUAUGCUGUGCUGUCAUCUUCAGACAGAGUUAGCAGUUAAACAUCCUGUUGGAGUCCACAUGGAUCAGGGAUUGACCAUCUGAUUGUUCUGUGUUACUGAUAAAUCCAUAACCAGGAAGUAUUUCGCAUCUACACGAUCUGAUACACAGUCGGGAGUUCGCAUAUGGUGUUUUAUUUUGACAUACGUGGUUUUCGUGCUUGACUUCCUGUCUAGAAAGAUCUUCUCUGUGUGGAUUGAUGCGCAUAGGAAGAGUAGAGCAGCAAAAACAGACUUGUCGCUUCUCUUUAGCAGUGCUGCUCUCGAUACAAUGCUGUGACGGAGCUGAUAGGCAUCCUGUAUGCUUUGCUGCAUUGGUUAUUAGAAUGGCAACCUAUUUGCAAUGUGAUAUAAAUACGCACCCUGUAUGUUUUAGCCUUAAGUGUAAUAUAAUGCCACUGCUAGAUGGUGUUUGUAGCACCUCUGAAAGCUGUUUACUAAAUCCUUUUAAAAGGAACAAAAGUAAGGAAAUAAAACUGUUGAAAUGUGGAACUGGACAAAACUGCAGAAGUGCAAACUUGUUAUGAUCAGCAUAUCACAAUGUAACUAGAUCAAUAACAAUGCUCAGAAAGCAGAUUAGCCUGCAGAGAGUGGUGCAGGUGGACUACUGGAAUAGUCAUUCAAUAGUCCUCAGUGAUUAUCAAAUGGUAUAAAUGUGCAUAUCAGUCAGAAACUCGCUGCAGCUUAAACAAAGUUUAAAGACAAAACAGUGAGGCUGUCAUAAAAUAGACAAAGCCUGUCAAAUACAUCUGUUGGAUAUCAUAUAUAGGCUUAUUCAGGCCUGUCACUGAUACACAGUAUUUGUUCUGGUGGUAAUAUUUCAGAUGAUGUGCAGAAAUCAAUGCUGAGAGUGAUAAAAAGAGUGCCAACUUACAGUUUCUAUAGCAGAGCGUGACGCUCAGAGCAGUGUCUGCAGCAGAUGUAAUGGUAUCAAAGCGUGUUUACAUGCACAGUAGAGUCAAGCUUUGGUUAUAACUGGAUUAGGUGAUUUAAGUGGACUGUCUUGUCCCAGUGAACAAGCACUGGGCGAGAAUCGGUUUAUCAGUUAAGUAUAAUUGCCCUCGCUACCUUAGGUCGCCUCAUAACAUGUUACAUCACACGCCAUAAACCAUCAGGAUCAUGACGGCAAAAGUCUAAACAGUUGUUCAAACUAGCUUUAUUGGCAGCAAUGACCAAACUCUGUGUCUUUCCUCUUCAAAGUUGACGUUUGUUUUGAUUCCCAAUAUUAGCCUAGAUAUGAUACGAGAUAUGAUUAACAUGCUGUUGUGUCCUCUGCAUGGAUGAUAGUCUCUUGAAUGGUUGGGGUCUUAACAGUGCCUGUAAACUUGAGCUAAAUAAGACCAAAGAAAGACUAAUAAGCAAACAUCCAAUUAAGUCAUUCAUGAAAAGAUUGAGUAUCUAUAAAAUCAGGGUUACAUGAGAGUAUUUAGGGCACAGAUACUCCGGCUAGUUAACUUUUACACUGUUAGUCAAGGAUUCCUCUUUGUUGUUUUCACAUUCACACUGAAGCGUAGUCUUUGGGGGUUGUAUUGUGCAAGUUGUUAAGCAGUUAGUCAGGGGUCGAGCCAUUGAGGCUUCACAUAAAUCAUGCUUUCAGCCGUGCCUGCUGCACUCCCAAACACACCAGAUCCCAAUCCCAGAUGAACUUUUAGCAGCCUACCUUCCCUGGAGGAGGCUGCCAGAACACAAACACUCAUCUGGAAAUACUGCAGGCCCACUGGAAAUGCAAGGGAGGGAGGCACAGGGGGCAUGCUGGAUCAGGAUUGUCCGUUAAUGUAGCACAGCAUCAUUUUCACAGCACAGCUAUAGCUCUGAGAUAUCUAGUUUCAGCUGACAUUCAAACCGAAGAAGAUGUACGCAUUUAUUGUAUUAGGAGCCAUUUUCUUUGUACUUGAAUGUGACCUUUAUCCCACACCAGGGUAAGGAUCCAUUUGGCUUUUGUUCAAGAGGAGUCCUCCGGUUUAAAAGGACAAUUUUGAGCAAAAUGCAUUUUUAUUAUUACGCUGAGAGCACAAGAAACUCAUGUUCCAAGAUUGAAAUGAUACCAGGGCAGGACUUGUGGGGCACAGAGCCUCAACAUCUUCUGUGACUCAGUGCGUUUACAUGACACUUGAGAAAACUGAAUUAUUGCCUUACUCCGAUUAAGAUUAAGACACCCAGACAAUGUGAUUGGAAUUCAAUUUUCUCUACCAUGUGACCAGCAUAGUCGGAGUAUGAUCGGACAAUGCAUGUGCGCCACACUCUCGUAACCCUGGAACAAAAACACCAGAGAAGAGGAGUAGCGUGCGUCUCAUCUGCAGAAAAAGUAGUGUGUACACAAUACAUGACAAAAACAACGCUGUACGAUGCUCCAUCUUCUUGCUUGAAAACACCCAGCAGCAGUUGUAGCAACUUCUGGCACGGACCUGCCCUUUUUGUUGGGUCAACUGGACACAGGGCCAUAUCUGUGCAUGUAAACGCACUGACUGUUGAAAAAUCAAGACACACAGAAAAUCCUAGACAUAAAAAUAUAAUCUCUUGCUGUCUUGUUGUUCACACUAUUGUCUUGUCUUUAGACGGAUAAAUAUUGGAUCACGAUACCAGGCAGAGGUCCCAGAGCUAAGGCAGCGGUCAGCUGUGGAGCUGGAUCAUCAUCGAGCACAGCUGGUCUGGGCUCCUCUGACUGAGCAGGAGGAGAAACCUGAUUUCCAGGAGAAAGGUAGGAAAUACGAUAUUUUUAAACGAUUGUAUCACCUGAACCUGAGUGCGGGACUGCUGGUUGACACAGUGUGGGUUUAGAAGCAGGAUCCUGUUGGUUUACUCAUACAGCAGCUUCUCACAGUGAAUCUCUCUUCUGUUAUUUAUUCCAAGAAAGGAAAAAAAUGUUUUUCCUUUUAAACUUUGUGUCUGAACUACAUAAACGUUUUGUUUCUUUCUGCAGACGGAACUAUGAAAUAUUCCUUAAAACAGAAAAUGGUGAUUCAAGUACAAGUUGUUUGGGUUCAGGAAUUUUUAAGGAAAAAAAAAAUCAUCUCCAAACAAGAUCCACUUUUUCUUAGCACAUCCCCUCUGUGUGAGAUCAAAUUCAAGCGGAGAAAGCCUCUUGUUUUCACUUUUAUGAACAGUCAGCAUGCAGAUAUUCCCAAAGAAUUUUCAAAUUAAGUCAAAGACGUGUUUUUAUUUUCUGACUCAGAGUAUCGCCGACCCUGGAAAUUUCAUAACAUGAGUAAAACAACAGCAGCACCAGAAACCACAGUCACAUUUCUGUUUAAUAUGUGAAUCUUGCAAUUACUGCUGUGUGAUGUCUCUUCUCUCACUAACCAGAGAAUAUUGUCUCCUCCUCAGUAUGAAGAAUAAUGAACCGGUGUUAUUUUCCUCUGUUGCUUUAACCUCCUGCCUCUCGUCUCUUUCAGUGGACAACCUCAUGCACCUGGCUUGCUCUAGUGUUUUGUGUGGAGGAGGCACCAACCAGGAGUUAGCCCACCAUUGUCUGUACGAGUGCAAAGGGGACAUAAUGGUGAGCAGAAAAGAACAAUCCAAACAGACGUACGAGGCAGCGAUUUGCUGUUAUAAUGUGCCAGGAGCUAUGUUCUGCACUGUGCGUUGAGGUUUUCUUCUAACCCACACACACUCGAACACACAAGGCCUGCAUUGAAGAUUCCUUUGACACUCAGAAAGCCUGCCCUAGUUUUGACUAGAGGCUCCUAAAACCUUUCAUUUCAAAUAAUAUUUUGCUUCCUUUAGUCAAAUCUGAUUAGAUUAUGCUACUUUUUGUGUGCUAGAUUUUCAAAACUGGUGUGGCAGUUUGGAUGUAAAUCUUUAAAUCAUCUUCUCCCACUGAAAGCAAGCAGAUCAUGUGGAAAAAAACAGGACGAGGAGAGUAAAUUUCUAUUUACUGACCAGCUGCAUGUGAACCUAAUGUUAAAAAUAAUCCUAUUGUUGCGGGGUAUGCUCGCACGCAGAGUCGAUAUCUUCAACAAACCAGUUAUCAGAACGUAGUGAUUGAAUGCCUUCAUUGGAGAUCUUAAUGUUUACUGAGCGGAUGUGACUGAUCUAUAGACUCUCAGUAUGCUAUGUACUGAAACUGUGCGGCGGCCUGAGAUGACUGAGAUAGUACAAAGGUUCAGUUGUUCAGUCAGAGGCGGAGAGACGCCAAGUCGUAGAGCACAAGAGCUGCAGAUACUGGAAGAUGUGAUGCACUCAGUAGACCUAAAUCUAUCGAUCUGUUAGUCUGUUGCAGAAAAAUAAACAUCAAUUUAUCAGGUUACAUAAUUUUCAAGCUGAAGCUGUAGGGAUAGCUGCCUUCAAUGUGAAAGCAUUAAGUUGUUUGUAACUCAACUCAAAAUUAUUUUGAAUUCGUUUUUCUGUCUUGCUGUUUGUUAUAAUUUCAGAGCAGGACAAUAGGGCAGCUUAUUUUCAACAAAAAUAAAGAAUACUGGGUUGCUUGGUCAAUGUUGAGAUCAUGAUUUUUAUGUGAGACACAGUCUGUUAUGAAACUUUCUUGAUGAGUAUUUUUCUCAGUUACUGGUGAAAUUUAGGAAAGGAUUAACUUCUUUGUCUUUGUAUGGAAAAUUCUUAAUUAAAAAGGAGAAAAAUCCCCACAGAUUAACAGAUUAAUCUGAGAAAUAAAUCUGUAGAUUAAAUCAAUGAUCAUGUGGCUCCAGCAUAAUCCAAAAAAAGAAAACAGACCUGGAAAAACAUGUGAGUGUCCCUUCAGUGUAGAACAAAAACUCUGAGAUGGAACCUUUUAUUUUGAAAAUUUUAAAAUAUGAGCAUUUACAUAAAAAGUCAUAAAUAUCUGCCCCUGUUGCAACUGUAUCCUGAGAUUUCUUUCAGUUUCAACAAGUUAAAAUCAGGUGUCAUGCAACAUGAAGAAACCGACUUUAAAGAUGCAGUCUGUAGUAUUUAGUGGCAUUCAGCAGAACAUACAUGCACUGCCAUAUCAAACAGUAGUUCAGUGUUUAUUUAUUUAACAAGUUGCUGAACUGCACUAGCUGGAAGAUGAAGGAAAAGAGUGGUUUGUUAUCAAUAAUUAAAAAAAAUGAUCUUAAUGAAUUGAAUUCAAGGAACCUGAGUUCUAAAAUGGAAGAGCGUACAGGAGGCUAAACAAACAGGAAGGCUAAACAAAGGAGUGUUUUAAUCUUGAAUCCGAGCACUAGACAUAGUUAACAAUUCCCAUUUCUACGCACUGUGUCUUUAAAGCCACUUGAGCUUUUAAGUCAUAAAUAUCUGAGAGGGAGGUCAGCGGUGAUGCGUCCUGUGUUUCAUCCCUUUCACAUCACUGUCAGACCACUGAUGACAUCAGAGCACAUCAUCAGGGCAGCGUGCGGCGCAGACACCCGAGGAUGUAACUCAUCAAGCGCAGAGUUUAAAAAAAAGAAAUCAUCUGACUGAAGCACUUUGCCUGGCUCAGAUGAAACAGAGCACUCAAUAAUGAAUGUGCUGUGUUACUGAUAUUAAUGGGGUAAAAAGUAGGAACACUGUGCUCCACACCGGCUGUGGUAAGUGGGCUUAAUUGCAGCCAAAAGCAACAUAAAAAAAAAACAUCCGGACUGGUACUUUCUCGAUCAUGUCACUCAUCUAUGAUAACAGUUAAGGGUGCUGUCAUAUUAUAUGUAAUGUAAGACUAUGUAACAGAGAUGAGCAGAGUUAGAUUGCCACUAAUGGAUGCUAGGAUAUUAAAAAAAACAAGUCAAAUCUUUACAAGAAAAGCUUCACUUCCUGUGACCUGCUCAUAAAAUACUGGUGCAGCUCAAAAAAACUAUCCCUUAAAGUUAAAUUUUUUUCCCCCAUUGCUUAAUUCAAAAAGUGAAAACUAGAUUCAUCACACAUAAAUGAGUAUUGUUGUGUGCUGAACCAGAGUGAGAGAAAAAAGUUAUUCCUGAUAAGAGCUCUGAUCAGGAUUGAAGUGACUGACAAGAAACUGGACAUUUACUGUGAUUUCUAAUGUUUCAAGUUAGUGGAUUUUUGUGAGCUGUUCACUGUUUUCAUCAAGAUUCAAACAAAAAAAUACUCUUUUAAAUAAUUCACGGUGUGUGUGAUGAACCUAGAAUAUUUUCAAGUUUCACUUUUUGAACUAAAUUAUGAGGAAAAACAAACUUUUGUACAAAUCAACCAAUUGCUGUAGUUUCAUUACGUAUAAGAAAAAAAAUUGUCAUCUUUAAAUGUCGGUGAUUUGGGUUUUUCUAUUAUCUUAAUUUGACAUUUUAAAAAUUAGGUCGCACAAUUAACUUACCAACUUUAUCAUUUUAGUGCAAGGAUCAUUGGACUUCCUAACCUGCAACUUCGUAAUAAUCUUUCCAGAAAUCAGCAACCUCUAAUGUCCCUAAGGUGGUUAAACAUUACAUAUGCAUGAAUCCCAGAACCAAAGUCUGAGUAAUCUUCAUGUUUAGACUGUAGUCCACAGUGGAUAUACUGUAAUGACAUGCUGGGUUAAAGCCUGAGAUACUUCAUUUGGCUGGUUUGCAGAGACGUACAUGUCACUGUGUUUCUUCUGCUGCUGUUGAAAUUCCCACAAUAACCUCAGGGGUCAUAUUGCAACAAAGAAAAAAAGAAAACAGAUGUCACCAUUCUUUAUUUGCAUGAUUUUAAUUCAGUUUGAAGUACUUAAAAAUUGAUAAAAUAUGUAUAUAAAGACGUGUUUCAGCCCUCUCUGUUGGUGUCCUUUGGCUUCCACUUAAUGCUCUAGUGGGAAGUAGACCCGCUGUGUGAAACUGAAUUACCAUGGAUUUAAUUACAAAAGGAUUAUUUGACACUUAAACAAGUACUCGUGUUUAACCUGAGUGAUUUUGACUGUGAGUUGACUUACAGAGUAAUAUCAGAGCUGUCAGACUGCUCGGUGGUGGUACUGGUGGAGAUUUUUAGGCCCCAGCGACCAGCGCUGGUCCAACGUUGUCAAGGAAACAAAGAGUGGAGGGGUACCGAGUCGCCCACUCUCUGUAACUGCAGCAGCAGUCCAGCUCAAACUGCUGCUUCAAACAUGAAUGCAUAGUUAAAGGUUUUAGAAGUUACUUUUUUAUUUGCUCGAUUUAAUGAGGUGCUUUCAUCAUGCUGUAAAAAUGAGAACGAUGGUUAUCUUAUCUUACUUUCUUCGUCAGUUAUCUAUAGCGGUUCAUUCUUUGUUUGGCUCUGUGUGCUUUCCCUGAUUUAUAAGUACAAUUGGAGCGCAGGAGCUGACUUGGCAGGAGUGACCCGCUGUAUAAGGGCUCAUAACAGUCACAGCUGUGCAGCCAAAUGUGCCAGGUUUGAUCACUCUCCGGUAACAUUUCGAUGUUUGUUUUUUUCAGGCUGCGCUCUCACUUCUAAUGCUGAGGAAUCCAGUUUUCUCCAAGGGUCACCAUCUCUGCAACUACCACUACUCAGGUAGGUCUUAAAGAUAGUUUGUUGAAGGUUUUUUCACGUACCGUUUACAGCUUGAAAUACUGAAUAGACGGAUCCUUUUUGUCUUAUUCGGUAUUAAGUGGAAUAUUUUGGGUUAAAGGUCGCUGAGUGCACAGAACAAGCUAGCUUAAAGACGUCGGUGUGUUUUUGUUGUGAUUGAAUUUGUUGGUGUAUCAUGACUUCUUACUUAUCUAAUCAAAAGACGUUCAUUUGAUAACAUGAUCUUGAACGUCAGCUUUAGAUUUAUCACAUCAAGAUGGUGCUUUAGCAUGAGUGAACCAGAUGAGUUGAGGCUGAAGUUUCCAGCAGCAUCCCUCUCUCUUUUAUCCGUUAAAACCCCACCUGGCUGGUGUUUGUUUACUCAAAACAAUCCCUCAUAAAAGCUCCAACUAAUUUAUUUUGCCCCACAUGUGAUUUAGUUCCCCGAAAAAAAGGAUUUAAUGACCACAUCACACCUCCAUCUCUCAAAACCAUUAAAGUGUAACUCUCUAAGCCCCCCUCUCCCCUGGUCUUGCUUCAAAGCGGUGGCAGCUGCAGCAGUGAGAGUGUCCGGGUGUUGGUGGGGGUAGCUGGGUGACUGUGGAGGAUUGUCAGGGUCGACGUGGUGAGGGGAGGAGGGAGGGGAGAGGAGGGGAGGUUUACAGCAUGUGGUUAAUCCCAAGCAGAAGACAGGAGAGCCAUUGUUUAUCGGCUGAUUUGAAUGUGUGUGUGUGUGUUUUUGGUGCAUGUGUGUGUGCUUUAAGGGUGGGGGGUGGGAUUUAAUUCGCCAGAGUCUGCGUAAAUAUAGAGCAUGAGCUGGAACUUGCUCAGUGUUCAAAUGUUUAAACGGACAUUAAACAUGCUGCAUGUGCCUCUUUAAAUUCUCCUCUCCUCUCCUCUCCUCUCCUCCCCUCUCUCUCUCUCUCUGUGCUUCUGCCCCCCCCUCAGGAUCAGACAGUUGGACCGCAGCUGAGAGACGCCAGUUCAACAAAGGCAUCACUGCAUACAAGAAGGACUUCUUCAUGGUGCAGAAACAGGUAUGUCGUGGUUUCAAGCACAAGAACCUCCGAAAAACUCUUGACGCUUUCUGAUUCCAUUUGCUUUUCCAGCUGUUUACUUCCUCCCCCCUCUUAAAAAAAACUGGCGCUCGAUAUUUGACUAUUGGUGGGUGGGGAAAGGAAACAGAGUCACUCUCAAACAAUGUUUCCUUCAUGUUUAAUUAUUUGCAGCUCGAGCAAUGGUUACUUUUCCACAAAGCUGCAGAACUACCCGUCUUAAUCCCCUCGAUGAUUAAGAGGAAGAAAAUGUAUUUCUGUGUUUGUUUUACACUUCGAAUCAGUCCAAAAAACACCAGAUUAAAGCAACGUUAUGUAACUCUUUUCCCUUAAAGUAACAGCUCCGAAAUGAUUUAACAGCACACUGUCUUUCAUAACUUCUGCCCGCCCUUAAGGCUUGUUUUUAUCUCUUUGUUUACAGGGUAUGAGAUUGUUUCCUCUUAUUCCCCAAUGAGUUCUGAGUAUUGACUUAAACCGAGUCUCUCAUCAAUAUUAGUAUAAUACAUAGAGGUACCAUUGAGCCAUUUAGCUAUAUUUGAUAGUUGUCAAAAUCAUAGGGACUCUCCAAAGCAACAGAUUACAAUCUAUGUUACAGUUACAGUUGGUAGACACUUUUGUCAAAAGAAUAAGUACAACACAAACCAAGAUCUAGAUAGAAGGAAACCACAUGAGAAAGUGCCGCAAACUGCUUUUAGUCCUGAAUGUACUGAAUGUAUUGCCUCUGCAGUGCCUGAGGUAAUACACAGUUGUUGUUUUGAAUAAUCUGAGAUCAAGAGUAUCAAUAUCGAUCAGUUUCAAAACCAGAUUAAAACUCCGAACUGAAUUUGUCAGGUAAAUGUCAUUUUAAAAUAGGAGUACAAAAUGUAUUUGUGUGUGUGUGUGUGUGUGUGUGUGUGUGUGUGUGCGUAUGUGACAGGUGGGGGGACAGGGGGAUUUACCUGCUCGUCUUUCAGAUAACAGUCACUCUCCUGAUUCAUUUCUCACCAGCACGCUCCAGUUCUCAUCUCCGUAAAUGACUUUAAAAAACAAGUACUGACUAAAAGGGAAUUUGUGUGUUUGUGUGUGUGGUUCACAGGUGACAACCAAGUCCGUAGCGCAGUGUGUGGAGUUCUACUACACAUAUAAGAAGCAUGUGAAGAUCGGUCGCAACGGGACGCUGAUCUACGGCGAGGCUGAGCCUCUGGAGAACAGGACCACAGAGGAGGAGACAGACCACAAGGUCAGCUGCGUGUUGAAUAAAGGGGUCACUGAAUGUUGAUCAAACCUGUCCCAAAGCUGCUCUGCCCCAGGAACAAAAACAACAACAAAGUGCAAACAUUGAUUUAAGUGUUUACAGUUUUUGCCUUACGUCUCCAGAGCAUUGUCUUAAGUAAGGAGGACUUAAUGGACUGUGCGCUCCAUGUUAAUCUGGUUAGAAAUAAGCAGAAGGAAAAGACGAUUUGGCUUCAACAUGAUCUGAUUAAACACAAAACAGCAGAGUUUCACUAAGAGCUUAAACUGCAAAGGUGCAGUCCAGAAAUGAAGAAUAACUCUGUUGACAUUUCCACCCAUUAUACCGUCCUCAGCAUUUCAAGAUGAGUCGUUUAUUUUUUGCACAAUGGAGCUACAGUUUUGUUGGGUCUUAUUUUAAUUAUUCAGAAUCGUGCAGCAAAAGGUAAACUCUGACUCAGCAUCCUUCCUUAGACCCUGCGUUGCUGCAUACAAAUCAUCUAAAGUAUAUCACUCAUAGUCGAUGUUCCUGAGAUGUUUGUGUAGCUUAUCAUCAACAUUAAAGUAACACUUAGAUGUCAUUUCCUAUUUUCAUGCCGGGCAUUUCUUCACUUCUCCCUCGGUCCAGCAGGGAUCUCAAAGACUGGGGCCGCAGCGGGAGGAGGACAGCAGGAAGUGGGAGGAGUCAGCUGACAGGAAACAGGAUGUCGGUCCCACCAGAGUGACACACUCGCUGCAGUCCACGGAUAUUGUGAGUGUGAAAUUAAUUACCAGCUGUGCGUGGGAAAGGAACAGCGGAGUGAAAGAGGCAAUAGAAACAGAAGUUUAAGGGAUGAAAGGUGGAAGAGUUUGUGCUUGCGUCUGUUUGUUUACUUCGGUACAUCAUGGACUCAAAUUCCUUUUAUAACCCAUUUCAGAUUUGACCUUAGCUGAGAGGGUUUUCUGGAUUAACCCCAGAGACCUGAACUUCUUUAUUGAAGCGUAUGAAAAUGAAACAUGGUUAAAGUCUGUUUUUCUCUUGUGGGACUAAUAAGGGAGUAUCUCAUCUUUUCUUGAUUUACUUUUCCUGCAGUCAGUGAGAGAUCCUCCUCUCACUUACCGCUCUCAAACAUGAACAAACCUUUCAAAAACUUAUCAGGUGAAAAAGCUUCUCAGGAGUGUGUAUCUUCAUAAAAAGAUAUUUGUUUUGGAGGCACACACCCUGUGUCAAGAGGUUACGCCUCAAGCUGUUGACCAGGGCUCGGUUCCAGUCUGUGGCUCCUCUCCAACAUGUCAUUUUCCAGCUCUCUCUUCCCAUUUCCUGCUCUGUCCAAUAUCCACCAUAUUACCUUACACAUGCUCUUGGUGCUUUCAAAAUAAAACCCUUUUUUUUUAUAUGUAUAUAUAUAAUAUCUGAAAAACAAAUUAGCAUUAUUUAUUCAUCAGGUAUAUAAGAGACUUCUUCCCAACCAAGAAUUGAAAGUAGAAACGAACAGACUUCAUUUCAUGUUUUUCGGAUCCUGUUUUUGUUUGAUCUUUGGGAAUAUUCAAACAGUUUUGAGUUUCUAAAGUUGAUGAUUUUCAUGAGCUUUGAGACAAAAUGAUCAAAUUUCAAACAAAAAAUAAAUCUUGAAAUAUUUCACUUGACAUCCAGUGUCUGAAGAAAACCUGAACAUUAACCCUUUUAAAGAUAAAAACAGACACAGCCAGGCGUUAUUUUGGAGUUUGUUUCUCUAACGCAGGGUUUCAGUUGAUUUGAGCAGGUAUGACACAUUUGUCCUUUUGAACUUUGCCUGACUCGUCCUGGUUGUGAGUGUUUGUUGGAUUUGUUGCCCUCUGCUGGAUGUUUCAUGGGGCCGGUUUGGCUGAUGUCUAUCUUCCUAGAUUGUGUAACCUCAUUAUGUCUGAUAGCAAACAAUGACUCGACAAGAAAUCUUUAUUCCAGUUAUUUGCCUCGCGUUACGCCGUUUAGCAGUGAGCGAAACACAAUACGCUGCUGAAAAAGAGCCAGAUUGUGUGACUGUGAGCGUGCGUUUGCUUCAACUCUGUAACACUAUCCAACAUAAAGGUGCUCAUAAAGCAGCUCCAGGCUCAUUAUGUUCCUUCCUUGUUGCUCUCAGUGACACUGUCAAAGGUCUUUUGAAGCUUUGGUGUUAACUACACCUCUCACUUCUAUUGUUCAUGCAGCCCGGGACCGUCCUCAUCAUGAAAGGCCAGGAGGACACAGCCAGGGACCAACCGCUGCCCCGGGUCAUUCAUCCUCCCCCUCCCAGCUCCAAAACACGCUACGACGGCAAUGCGCGCAGGACCAGCCCUUCAACAGGCAGCAAAGGCGCGGCCAAUCAGGAAGGAGAGUUCCCCUGCAAGAAGUGUGGCAGGUCAGUGAUCAGAAACACCUCUUGACAGUCGGUGCAGCUGUUUUGGAGACGCCGGCAUGUCUUCUGUUUACUCAUUCAAAACUGACAGCAGCGGUCACUUCGGUUACAUAAGCGGCCCGAGGCUGAUCGAACCCGAUCCGACGAGAAGACUUCUGCAGGGAAUAUUUCUCCUGCUGUUGCCCACUUGGAAUGGGUUUUCAGUAAAUAAAAGGAAGUAUUUUGCGGCGUUUGAAAGAGCCGAAUCCUCCUGUUGUGGUUUGAUUAAGUAACAGCCUGUCCUCCAGCAACACCAGGCCUGUUAUUGCCAACUGUGUCCUAGCAACUGAAACACAGAGUAGAUGCGGCACAUCUCACCUCUCUUCAAAUGCAACUCUACACAGUGACAUGACAAGAGCUUCACUCACACUUGGAAAUACUUGCCCUGCUCACAUUGGCCAGUUAUAGAUCAGACAGCACUGAACAGAUAAACGAUGCUGUAGGACCUCCAAUCAGUCAUGAACUACUAUGAAAGUGACACACGCAGCUGCCGACCAGCUGCUCCAUCACACGCUGUGAUCUUCAUCGUGCUGAUAUAACUCGACAUCAGUCAGCCUUGAUUUUAUGUAUCACUCUGGCUUUAUGAAGAGAGAUUAAGAAAGGGAGGGAAAAAAAAAGGUCAACAGCUUUAGAGUGUCAAUGCAGUUAUGCUCCAUAGAUUAGUAAAUUACCUGAUAAAAUAUUUGUACAUCUCAGAUUACUGAAAUUGAAAACUUCAACAUGUGACAACCCUGAUUAUUACACGACCCUCUUCCUUCAAGGUAACAUCUUAUGAGAACCUUAUUGGAGGCCAAAUCUAAGUUUUUUAAAGAAUUCAGUUUGAGUUAAAAUACCGAUAAAAGGCACACAGAUGAUUUUAAAAAUGUAAAUUGAUUUCUUGAACAGCUUUUAAAUGAAAUUAUGUUUCAUGCGCUCCUAAAUUUCAGACGUUACACACCCUGGUGUCAUAUGUUUGACAUUUCUAUAACACCUCUGGCAGUUGUGUUUUUCUUAAAUCACCAAACGCAGCUCAAGGAAGAACAUUUAUGAUCAUUACUUUAUCAUUUCCUUAAAGUAAUAAUCAUAUUAAUCAUUAAACAUAUUAAUUUUACACUGGAGACGCGGUCUUCCUUAGCGUCUCGGUCUGAUUGCAAGAAAUGAUCAUGAGGUUAGGUGCUGUUCUGAGCAUUAUUUGUGGCUAUAGAGUGGCGUUUUGGUUGAGGUUUGUUUAAAGCUCCUCAGACCGCUGUGUAUUGCUAUUGUGCGGUCGUUAUAAAGUUGAGAAGCAAGCGGUCGGCAACAUUCAUCUCAAAUAAAAAGUAUUGAUAAUCUCUCGCCACUCUUUAGCUGAGAGCGCUGAGUCAUGACUGUAACUUCACCAGCUUCAUGAUACCAACUCAAAGAGCCUCAGCAUUAACCUCUCCUCCCUCUCUUUCCCGUAGGAUUUUCUACAAAGUGAAGAGCCGCAGCGCCCACAUGAAGAGUCACGCCGAGCAGGAGAAAAAGGCCGCCGCGCUACGCCAGAAGGAGGCCGAAGAGAGAGCGGCGGCGAAAGCAGCCGCUGAGGCCGCCGCCAUUCUCGCUGCACGUCAGCAGAACGGGACUCGGCAGGUGGGCGGGGACAGCACCAACGACGACUCAUCGGACGGCGAGGACGAGGACGACGAAGACUGGCAGUAA